AUGCUUCCGCCCUCUACGUCCACGAGUGUCUCUGUUGCUUCGUCACUAGGCCUUGCAUCGAGUUAUUCCUACCUUUCCGGAAUUUAUGACAGUAGAGAGGAUACACUGAAUGCUAUUAACUACUGCUCCAGUGCUCUGAAACUCGAGCAGGAAGUCUUGCCAGGCGAAGACAUUAUCAUUGGUACAGAGCUUCUUCGUCUGGGAAUGCUCAACAAAAACUUUCAGGAUUAUUCGAAGUCGUACAGCUGUUUGAAAUUAGCUUGGGAAAUUGUGCAGCAAGCCAAUCCGAGAAGCCACCUUGUCGUUUUGUGUCUUAGUCAUCUUAUUGAGCUUUUCGACAAAUUGCGUGACUCUGCGCGAGCAAAGAAAUUUCGUUCCAAACACGAGAGAUUGAUAGACGAGAUGCGCGUCGCUAGGAGCGACAAUAUCGAAAGAGCGACAGAGAUGAACAAACGUUUCCAUCAACGAGAGUGGGAAACUGCACUUUAAUAACCUACAAAUAAGUCUAGACUAAGACACGACAGUUGCAAGUAAGAGACUGUAGGGGUAGGAGAGCACGCUAUAGACGUGUAUGAUGUAUCAACAUCUUGAAUUCUCUUUGAAUUACGUAACAUCGUUUUC